AUGAGUAGGCAAUUCAGUUCUAGAUCUGGCGGAGGGAUUAGGACUUCCCGGGGAUAUACGUCUUCCACUGCUAUCAUUCCUGGUGGGACAAAAGCUAGUUUCAGCUCAGUUUCAUUAUCCCGAGGUGUGAGGGGAAGCACAGGAUUGGGUGGGGGCUUUGGUAGUAGAAGUCUCUACAGUCUGGGGAGUAGCAAACGAAUCUCUCAUGGAAUUGGCCAUGGUGGCAUUGGAGGAAGCUUCUGGAGUGGUGUAGGACUUGGUGGUGGCAGUGGAUUUGGUGGUGGUGGUGGUGGUGGAUAUGGAUAUGGAUAUGGAGCCGGAGCUGGAUAUGGAGCUGGAUAUGGAGCUGGAUAUGGAGCUGGAGCUGGAGCUGGAGGUUAUGGUUUAGCUUUAGGAGUGGGAGGCUACAGUGGUGGAGGAAGAAUGGGUCCCAUGGUUCCUCCAGGGGGCAUCCAGAAAGUGACCGUCAAUCCCAACCUCCUGUCACCACUGCACUUAGAGAUUGAUCCUGAGAUUCAAAAAGUGCGGGAACAUGAAAGGGAACAGAUCAAGACCCUCAACAACAAGUUUGCAUCAUUCAUUGACAAGGUACGGUUUCUCGAGCAGCAAAAUAAAGUGCUAGAAACAAAAUGGAACCUUCUGCAGCAACAUGGCAGCACAGCCCCAAAGGUCAACGUUGAAUCCCUCUUUGAGAUUUACAUCAGCACCCUUAGGAGGCAACUGGACUCCUUAAUGGGCGAUCGAGGGAGGUUGGAUGGAGAGCUAAGAAAUGUGCAGGACCUUGUAGAAGACUUCCGAAGGAAAUAUGAAGAUGAAAUUAACAAGCGCACUGCUGCUGAAAAUGACUUUGUUGGUAUCAAAAAGGAUGUUGAUGGUUCAUUCAUGCAUAAAGUUGAGCUGCAAGCAAAGUCUGAUAGGCUGUCAGAUGAGAUCAACUUCCUGAAAGCCCUCUAUGAGGCCGAAUUGGCUCAAAUCCAAGGACAGAUUACUGACACCAAUGUUGUCUUGCAAAUGGACAACAACCGAGAUCUAGACCUCAACAGUAUCAUUGCUGAAGUGAAAGCACAGUAUGAAGACAUUGCUAACAGGAGCCGGGCUGAGGCAGAAGCAUGGUACCAAAGCAAGUUUCUGGAACUUCAGAGCACAGCUGUUGGUCAUGGGGAUGACCUGAAAAACACCAAGAAUGAGAUUGUGGAACUGAAUCGGAUUAUCCAGAGACUAAGAGCAGAAAUUGAUGGUGUGAAGAAACAGAUUACCAAUAUCCAGGGAGCAAUUGCUGAUGCUGAACAGCGUGGGGAGAUGGCCCUGAAAGAUGCCAGAGUGAAACUCACUGACCUGCAACAAGCUCUGCAGAAUGGGAAGGAUGAGCUGGCACGUCUCCUGCGGGAUUAUCAGGAGCUGAUGAAUGUCAAAUUGGCUCUGGAUAUUGAGAUUGCUACAUACCGCACCCUGCUAGAAGGCGAAGAAUGCAGGAUGUCUGGAGAACUCACUACCCCUGUGAGCAUGUCGGUGAUCAGCAGCUCAUCUACCAUCAGUGGAGGCGGUUACGGCAUCGGAGGUGGUGGAGGUGGUGCUCGAGUGAGCAGUGGAGGAUUUGGUCUGGGGGGCGGUGGAGGAGUGGGAAGCAGUGGUGCUGGAGGCAGCCUGAGCCUGACAAUGGGAGGUGGCAGUGGUGGUAGUUAUGGUAUGAGCAGUGGGGUUACUACUGGCGGGAGUGGUUACAGUACUGGAAGCUAUGGUGGGGGAAUGGGCAUUGGAGGUGGAGGAGGCUCCUCGAGUAUGAAAUAUGUCUCAACCACAACCUCAUCAUCCAGCAGAAAAGUGGUCAGAUAA